UUUACAUGUCUAAACAGAAGGACGCAUCGGUCAUUUCUUACAUUUCUUUCAAGCGAGUAAGUAUUGUGUAGUGAGUGCCACAAAGAGUAAAGGAUAAACAAGAAAAAAGAUGAUGUUGAGCCGAUCAAACUACAUCAGAGCAGCCAGGGGUACAAGGACCGAGCAUAUCUGGGAACGUUUGAGAAGCACGUCCCCCGAGACACCCCCGAUCAAAAUCACUCGCCUAACCUUUCCCCUGUCCUCCUCGCCCUCAUCCCUUCCCUCCGCAAGUAUCGAGAAGAUCUCUCAUCGAAACCGCAGGAUCCGAAACCACGCGAUGGACGGUAUGGACAACAAGCCGGUGUUGAACGAUGAUCCGUCGGUCACCCUGACCAUCCGCCUGAUUAUGCAGGGCAAAGAAGUCGGUAGUAUUAUCGGGAAAAAAGGAGAGAUCGUCAAGAGGUUCCGCGAGGAGUCUGGCGCGAAAAUUAACAUCUCCGACGGUUCCUGCCCGGAGCGAAUAGUGACCGUCACCGGGCCGACGAACUCAAUCUUCAAGGCGUUCACGCUAAUAUGCAAGAAGUUUGAGGAAUGGUGCUCCCAAUUCCACGACAUCCAGGGUGGCGGUGCCGGCGGUGGCGGCGGUGUGUCGAGGCCGCCCAUCACCCUCAGACUGAUUGUCCCCGCUUCGCAAUGUGGUUCCUUGAUCGGCAAGGGUGGUUCCAAGAUCAAGGAAAUUCGUGAGGUCACCGGCGCCUCUAUUCAAGUCGCUUCCGAGAUGCUGCCUAAUUCGACGGAACGUGCAGUAACCAUAUCUGGUACCAGCGAGGCGAUUACGCAGUGCAUAUAUCAUAUUUGCUGCGUUAUGCUAGAGUCCCCUCCUAAAGGUGCCACGAUCCCUUAUCGCCCCAAACCCCAAGUCGGUGGGCCAGUGAUCCUGGCUGGUGGGCAAGCCUACACCAUCCAGGGUAAUUACGCGGUGCCCGCCCACUCGGACGUAAGUACAGUAUUACCAUUACCCGCGCCCGCUGCCGGGCCCGCCCCGCCCUCGCUGAACACCCAAACUUUGGCGACCUCGCCCUUCGCGGCCCACCCUUCGUCCUCGGCCUUCGCCGCUUCUCACGGGCACCCGCUCCUAGCCACGGCCCACCUUACAACCCCACAUCAUCCUCUCCAUCCGAGCCCCUUACACGCCAGCGUGGCAGGCCUCGCCGACCCCCUGCUGAAGAGUGGACACUUGCAGGCAGCCCUCCCGCCCGCACACCUCGUGGCAGACGCCAUGGGCAAACUGGGCAGCAAUCCUUUGGCUGGACUGGCAGCCUUGGGUCUCGGGGGACUUGCAACACCAGCGAACACGGGUGGUCUUAAUCCAGCAGCAUUAGCCGCAUUGGCUGGAAGCCAGUUGCGUACGAGCAAUACAAACAGGCAGCAACCGGCAGCGAACAAUCAGACGCAUGAGAUGACGGUGCCAAAUGAGCUGAUCGGUUGCAUCAUCGGCAAAGGCGGUACUAAAAUCGCCGAGAUCCGUCAGAUCUCGGGUGCCAUGAUCAGAAUCAGCAACUGCGAGGAGAGGGAGGGCGGAGCAACGGACCGCACCAUCACCAUAACCGGGAAUCCGGAUGCCGUGGCGUUAGCACAGUAUCUCAUCAACAUGAGUGUCGAACUGCAGAAAGCUAACCUAGAGGCCCAAAAUACCCAAACCCCUGGCAGCGGUACCACUCCCGGAGCAUCCGGGGCCAGUGCUUCCCCCUCUACCACCACUACCACUGCCUCUCCCUUGGCCAGCGCCAUCCCCUUGGCUCAGCUGCUAAGCAAGCCAGGCGCCCUCAACGCCCUAUCUAGCCUGACCGCUCUCGGCGGACUCACGGAAUUGCUAGGUGGUGCUGCUGGCGCGGCUGCAUCCGCGCUCCCGGUCCAGACCACCGGCGUGCACCGAUCGCACAAGACCUUUACGCCGAGGCUUCGUAGCCCGGGCGCACCGGGCCCGACCGACAGCGGCAAGUUCAAGUCCGAGCGUACCAAGUAUAACCCUUACUGAACAAACGGACCGGAAAAAGCGGCGGGAUGAUGUGUGUUACAAGGAGAGCACACAUCUACAUCUAUACAUAGCGAGUACUUGUAUAACAUUCAAGUUAAACGUGCGUACGGACGCCAGGGUAGAGAGUAUCAAGACUUGGCGAAGGAUCGACACUCGUUUUUCUUAUUAAAAUUAUCGAAAUAAUGUUGAAAUGAGAAAGUAAAUAUCUUUUUUUUUUUUCUAGGCGAGGAUAUAAGUCGAUGCAUGAUAAAAGAGACUAAUUCUUUGGCGAAAAAAUAUUGUUGAAGAGCCCCCACUUGUUUGUAUUUAUAAUCGAGUUUCUCCUGAGUAUCACUGUGCGAAAAUAUUUUGUAGAAUUUUUAUUUGUACUUUUUUUUCUUUAUAUUAUCUUUUGCCGGGGAAAAAGGAGGAUUAAUGGAAACUUUGGAAUCUUUUUUAUGUUGUAAGAACCGAUCAAAUCCACAUAUGAUCCGAUGCUAAGUCUUUGAAACAUAUACUAUCGUGACACGCCCUCCGAGAUCGAUGCGGUCGCGUAAAGACUGAUUGUACGAAUAAUGAAAAAUGUAGCAGACAUAUAUAAUUAAUGAUAAAUUCUCUUCUCUUCUUUACGAUUAUAUCUCGUGUAUAAAAUUUUAUUUGAAGUUUGCGUUACAUUUUGUACAAGCGAUUUCUGGAACGCUCGGAGGACGCGAUCGCUCAUGCACCGUCGCAAAGACAGCCUUUUUUGAUAUAAAAGUAUAUAUAUAAAUAUAUAAUUACUAUGAUUAUACCGUCAUAAUUAUGAUUACAAUAUUAUUAUAAUUGAUUACUGUUUAAAGCAAGAACUCUUAUCCUAGUGUAGUUAUUCCGAUGUGAUUUUUUUUUCUCGUAGUAGAUAGAAAUACUAUCAAUAGGUAAAAAAAAAAAGGAGAAAGUUUUGCGCGCGUGAAACAAAUGUGUGUGAUAAAAAGCACAUAGAGAAGAGAAAGGGAAGGUGCGUGAAAGAAAUCAUCGUAAAUCAUGUGUUUAUCAUUCUUUAUAAGUCAUGUUGAAAGAAUGCACCACAUCAUGUAACGUGUUUCGAGUGACUUUUGCAGUCUUCUUUCUUAUUAAAAAAAAAAUAAAAAAAAAUAAAAAAGAAGAACGAUCUGCAACUGAGCGAUCGGGGGAGAUUUAUUACAGCACGAGCAUGAAGAAUUUGCGAAGCAUUAUACGUAUAUCCAAUCAUCGCUAUUUGAAAUACAUAUGCAAUCAAGUUGUACACACAUAGUGAUUGUAAUGUUGUAACGGUAAUUACACUUAAUCUUUAUGCAUCUGUGCACGCGAGACGAAGGAGACAUCUGCAUGGAUUCGCGUGUAAAUUACGUUUUUUGUGAAAUCAAACUAAAAUAAAACGCUAUAUAUAUAAAUAUAUAUACAUUAAAGAUACAAUCAGAUUUCUAAUUCCAUAGUAACUCAAUCGUCUUGUUAGUCUAUUGUUCUGUAAGUAAUAAAAAAGAAAUAAUGACACGUGAAGCCGAAAUCAUCUAGUCGCAGAAGAACGUUCGAUCAGUUAAAUCUAAGCAAUUGCGGAGAAAAGAAAACGAAAAGAACUUAUAAUGAUCGGGAUGAGAUUCGGAAUCGCCAAGAUAAGUGUUUGUGUGCUCAAUCCUAGCUCAUAGCGAGACAUGCGUACUUGCAAGUAGUAACCAAGCCAGAAGACAUACAAUCGCGUAAUCACAGGUAUCUUACUUACUAUCGUAAUCACGGUUUAUCUUGAACACGCGCGAUUAAUUAUAGAAAAUUAAUUUUAUUUGCAAAAAAAAAAUGUUCAUGAUUGCGAGAUAUCUUCAUUGCGUUUUUCUUCGUUCUAAAAUAUAUCGUCUCGUUCCGUUUAUUUUUCGAGACAAUAAUAAACUCACGCCUGCGAUGUUAAGCGACUGUUUGCGAUUCAAAGAGAACGAGAAAGGAAAAGUCGCGAUCGAGGAUGUAUCAGAGAAUAGCAGAGCUCUCAUAGUCGUAUACCAAGUGAAACGAUGCGUAGAAAUAAAAAAAAUCUGCUCUCAAUGCAAGUGUAAAGUCCAAACAGUUGGAAAUUUGAUGUAACUGAUUCUCAGAAUUUCACAAAUUUUUGUUCCAUCUCAUGGUUCCUUUCACGAAGGCUAUUGCUAAUUGGUAGCAAUAAUUAAUAGAGUUAAUUGUUGGUAAUAAUUGAGUAAGAAAACAUACUUGGAACUUGUAAAUGAAAAUUUAUAAAACUUCUCCGUCGAGAUCAGUUUAAAGGAGAGCCAUCAUCGCGCAUCGCUACGCCUGGUAUUCCUACAUCAUCGUGCAUAGAAUCUUACAGACAAAUAUCUUCAGCUGUACAUUAGUCUCUAUAACAAUGUCGCAGAGCUUAUAAUGCUUAUCAGACUUUAGCUUUGUGUCCUGUAUCAUCUUGUUAAAUAAAGCUAGGCGUGUUUAAUAGAACGUAAGAAGAAAUACAAUACCGAAUAAACAGAAA